AUGCACAACCAGACAAUUGCCUCUCGUGGGCACCUCACCGUUUUCCGGUUUGAAGUCUUGAACAUUAUAGCGAGUCCUGAAACUGAGCUGACCAUUCUUGUUGGGCUCAACAUUGUCAGACCAGACGGUGGUGUGGAACUCCUAUUCGUCUUCAUACUUGACCCCGCCCUGCCCGAUCACAUCGACAUCGGCUUCCGACGCUGUCAGUUCCUGCUAGAAUGUCUCCAAGCCCUUGACAAGUCACUCGCUGCCCUGAAUCCCGAAUUCCGUCUGCUCACUCUUCGUGGACGACCGGAAGAGGUUUGUGACAGUUAG